CUACGACAGCGAAAGGCGGUCAUUACCAGACGCGCGGUCCGAGUGCGUUUGGGCGCUGUAUUUGGUUUUCGUUUGUAAUAUCUCUCCCAGUGUUACCGCUGCAGCGCAAUACACGCAAAACAACAAUGAGUGACGCCGAGAAGGAAUUCGUGGAGCGGGUUAAGGUUGGAAGAAGAGAAAUCUGGACGAAGUCAAAUGUCAAGUUGUUAAUGCAAAUAAUUUGAAGCUGAAUUUUCAGUGCAUGCUAUUUUUCGGAGCAAAAGAAGUUCCCAUAUAGCAUUUAUGGGCAGUGAGAGAAAUGGGGGAAGAGGAAUGAAGUCAGAAAUGAAAUUGAAACUGAAGAAAGAAGAAAAGAUGUGUUAUGAAGUUAAGAUCAGAAGUUAUCUGGGAUAAGAUCGCAGCGCUAAGUAACUCUUAGUAUGUUUGUCCCAUGCGUGCAUGCAUAAAUCUUCUGUUGUCCAUUUGUAUUGCAAUAGUUACUAUUGUCCUGCAGCAUGACAGAUUUACAGGAGUCCCGCUCGACCUCUAGGAGCCCAAGUCCUAGAGGAUCUGCUAAGUCAGCCAGUCGCUCGCCAGAACGCUCCCCUGCUCAGUCCAAAGAGGGGUCCCACCACUCUCGCUCGAAGUCCCGCUCUCGUUCCAGGUCUAAGACUCGGUCCCGUUCCCAUCGGAGCUCUCGCCGGCACUACAGUCGUUCCCGAUCACGCUCUCAUUCCCGCCGGAGACGAUCACGCAGCCGCUCGUACAGCAGCGAGUACCGCCGCCGCCGCAGUCACAGUCAUUCUCCUAUGUCCAACCGCAGACGUCACGUUGGAGACCGGGCAAACCCAGACCCCAACAGCUGCCUGGGAGUGUUUGGCCUAAGCCUGUACACCACAGAGAGAGACCUGAGGGAGGUCUUUUCCAAGUUUGGCCCUCUGAGUGACGUCAGCAUCGUGUAUGACCAGCAGUCUCGGCGCUCCAGGGGUUUUGCCUUUGUCUACUUUGAGAACAGAGAAGAUUCAAAAGAGGCUAAGGAGCGUGCAAAUGGUAUGGAACUAGAUGGCCGCAGAAUCAGAGUUGACUACUCGAUUACCAAGAGGCCACACACACCUACUCCGGGAAUAUAUAUGGGCAGACCAACAUAUGGUGGAGGGCCGAGUGUAAGCCGCCGCCGUGAUUACUACGAGCGAGGAUACGAGCGUGGAUAUGAUCGCUAUGAUGACCGAGACUACUACAACAGCAGGUCGUACAGGAGAAGAUCCCCCUCUCCUUACUACGGCCGAGGACCGUACAGGUCGAGAUCACGCUCCCGCUCCUACUCUCCUCGUCAUUACUAAAGUGAAGUUCGACUCCUCUCGCCAUCCCUGAAGAUGAUGUUGAUGACAAUGACGUUCUUGUUGACGUAGAUGUUUUAUUUCUGGUGGCAUGAGUUUGGAUGUUCUUUAAACUCAAUCCGUUUGAUUUCUUGCCUAAAGGUUUCACAUGUCUUUGACUGAUCUGGAUAUUUCGGUAGUUUCAAUAUUUGUGCACACUUGAGUUUUUUUUUUUUUUUUUUUUUUUUUAAGUUUCCAAUCUGAUGCUGAACUUGCGUUUAUUUUAUAUGAUGUCCUGCUCACACCCCGUUAUGUUUUUAUCAGUUUUAAGCUUAGCAGUGGUCUUGCAAUAAACUGCUUUAUACCUCCCA